UUUCGUAUUGCUCAGCAAUACCAUGCAAGCGCAAGCGACACAGAAUUUUGCGAAUAUGCAAAAGAAUUUUCUGGAGCAAUAUGCUGCACUGCCGUCGUGUGAUUUACCAGCGUCGAUGCGUCUAACACUGCUUGAAAUUGACGAGAUAACGUCUCCAUUGUACGUUGAAGCCCGCUUACCUCGCUGCGCAAUUUCAUCACCUCAGUGUCCUCAUGCGCUACUGGAACGUCCACUGCCUGCUGCCUCUGCUCCUCCGUAUUCUCCAUUAUCGGUGCUUGUUUCGUUGAACUGGCUCUGUGUUUCGAUUGAAAUUGUUGCAGCCGCGCAACCAAUUCCAAUUUAUUGCCCAUCGUUGUUUCUCCUACUUUUCGCAACUCUUCUUUCAACUCAACUAUCGAUUGUCGGUAUAUUUUCUUGAAUGUUUAUUCCUUGGAUGUUCAAAUACAACUGACUGUGGCGAGUACAAGAAUAAUGGAAC